AUGCCUGCGGCAAGGACUGUAAGGCGGACCGUGACAGAUGAAAAUGCCGAGAAUGUCGCUUCAACACGCCUGACGCGUGCCAAAGCUGCUGCUCUGACUGACGGUGCCGUCGGCGAACCACCAAAGAAGGCGUUGGCUACAAAGGCAUUGACGCGUAAACGACCUGCACUCGAGAACAUCAGCAAUAUCGCGAAGAAGGACCCUUCAGAUGCUGGCAAGGACACAUUGGGCAAGACUGCCCUCUCCAAGGCUGCUAAGCCAGCGGGUAUCCAAAAGGCACAAGCCCGGACGACUACAACCCGCACCGUACUUGGUCAGAAGGCAAGCAACACAACUACUUCCGACACGAAACGACCUGCCAGUGGCUCCGGCGUCAAUGUACAGAUCGCAAAGAAGCGCAAUACCUCGGCCACCAAGCCCAAGCGACCUGUUGAGGUCGAAUUGGAGGAGGAGGACGCCUCAGAGAAUGUACCGCCGACCAAAGCUAGCGUCAAGCCCGCCGAGUUAAAGGCGCACGUCAAACCUGACAUGGCCCAUGUCGACCUUUUCGACAUCGAAGACGACGAGGCCAAGACUUUCGAGGAACUGAUCAAGGAGGCCAAAGACCUUGACUCCGAGGACCUGGGUGACCCAUCUAUGGUUGCUGAGUACGUGCAUGAGAUCUUUGACUAUCUGAAGCAGGUCGAGAUGACCACGCUUCCUAACGCGGAUUACAUGGACAAGCAACCCGAGCUUGAGUGGAACAUGCGCGGUAUCCUCGUCGAUUGGCUUUUGGAGGUACAUGCACGCUUCCGUCUUCUGCCCGAGACCCUCUUCCUCGCCGUCAACAUUGUCGAUCGCUUUCUCUCGUCCAAAGUCGUCCAGCUUGACCGCCUGCAACUGGUCGGCAUCACUGCCAUGUUCAUCGCGUCCAAAUACGAAGAGGUGAUGUCGCCACACGUGAGCAACUUCGUUCACGUCGCCGAUGAGGGCUUCAAGGACUCGGAGAUAUUGUCUGCCGAGCGGUUCAUCUUGACCACAUUGGACUAUGACUUGUCAUAUCCCAACCCCAUGAACUUCCUUCGCCGCAUCUCCAAGGCCGAUAACUAUGACAUUCAGACUCGUACCCUUGGCAAGUAUCUCCUGGAGAUCGGGUGUCUCGACCACCGCUUCAUGAAGUACCCACCCUCUCAGAUUGCCGCCGCCGCCAUGUACUUGGCGCGUCUUGCGCUCAAUCGUGGAGAAUGGGACGCCACCCUUACCAAAUAUGCCGGUUACACCGAGGCUGAAAUUGAGCCGAUCUUCAAACUCAUGGUCAACUACCUGGCAUCUGACGUAGUACACGAAGCCUUCUUUAAGAAGUACGCCAGCAAAAAGUUUCUCAAAGCUUCCAUCGUCCUCAAGCAUUGGGCCGAGCGUUGGGGAGCGAGACUCCUCGGUGCCGACUUUGCUCCCAGCAGGAAUGGUGGCAAGACGCCUCGAGUAUCAAUUUGA